CGCCGGAAAAAGCUUCUCUCCUUUACGGCGAAUCGCAGGCUCCGGGUGUGAGAUUGACUUGACAUAGACACUCUUAGUGUGAGGGACCGGGGCCGCCACCGCGGAUGGCGAGAGAUCUGAUUGGGCCGGCGCUACCGCCCGGCUUCAAGGCCAGCGGUUCAGCGGAGGACGAGGAGCGGGACCUCAGCCCGGUUGCAGGACCAGCUCUACCCCCUAAUUAUAAAAGCUGUAGUUCAGAGUCAUCAGACAGUGAUGAGGACAGUAGUUCUUUGUACGAAGAAGGAAAUCAAGAGUCUGAAGAAGAUGACACUGGUGCAACUGCAAGAAAACAGAGAAGACAUGAAGAUGAUGAUGAUGACGAUGAUGAAGGGUUUUUUGGACCAGCCCUUCCUCCUGGAUUUAAAAAGCAGGAUGAUUCUCCUCCAAGGCCUAUGAUAGGUCCUGCAUUACCACCUGGUUUUAUUAAAUCAACACAGAAAAGUGACAGAAGCAGAGAUGAUCCAGGACAAAUAUCAUCGUAUUUCAACUCCGAGAAGGAAACAGAGAGCAGUGAAGAAGAGGACAUUAUUGGACCGUUGCCUGCCAAAGGACCAGUGAACUCGAGUGUGGCGACAGAGUUUGAAAAAAGGGCUCAGAGAAUGAAAGAGAAACUGACGAAAGGAGACAACGACUCAUCUAAACCUAUUACAAGAGAGUCUUGGAUGACUGAGCUUCCUCCAGAAAUGAAAGACUUUGGUCUUGGGCCCAGAACUUUCAAGAGAAAAGCAGAUGACAAAUCUGGAGAUCGAUCAGUCUGGACAGAUACUCCAGCCGACAGAGAAAGGAAAGCUAAGGAGACACAAGAAGCAAGAAAGUCAUUCAGUAAGAAGGAUGAAGAACACACAUUGUCAGGAAGGGAGAAGAGGUUGGCCGAGCAGGUAUCCUCCUACAAUGAAUCAAAAAGAUCAGAAUCUCUUAUGGACAUUCAUCAUAAAAAAUUAAAGAAUAAGGCUGCUGAAGAUAAAAAUAAGCCCCAAGAAAGAAUACCAUUCGAUCGCGAUAAGGAUCUUAAAGUUCAUCGAUUUGAUGAAGCUCAGAAAAAAGCCCUGAUAAAGAAGUCUCGAGAACUAAACACCAGGUUUUCACAUGGCAAAGGCAAUAUGUUUUUAUAAGGGGAUUUCCCUGUGCAAUGAAGAAGCGUUGAAGAGUACUCUUUUUUUCCAGUCUGUUCACUUUUUUCCCUUUGUUUCGAGUUUCUUAAGAUUAGAGGAUUCCUUUAGUCUUAAAAAAGCAUACAGACUUCCCUUACUCUGCGCAUCUUUUAAAGUCAUGUGGAAACAUAAAAUCAGUGUGUCUUAUGCAGGGUACAAUUUUAAGUCUUGUGUUCUGAGGAAGUGUGGACUUUUAUUCAAAUAAUUGUUUUGAGGUUCCCCCCCUCACACUGCCUAAUUUUUGUGCUGUCUCACAAAUACCGUGUAAGGUCUAGACCGUCUAUCAAGUCUCUUCCACAGCUUGGACCCCCUCGUCAGAUAUUACUGACCUCGCGGGAGUGAGUGUGUCUGGUCCUCGCAAUAAAUCCAUGAAUUUGAAA